AUGGAAGAUGGGAAUCCUGAUUUGUUGCUACAAUCUGAUAAUGAGAACGCUAUGGAGAAUUUGAAUAUGGUGGACAAUGAAAAUGUAGGAGAAGAUAUGGUGUUAGUGCCUAAAGUGGGUAUGACGUUUAGUGAUGAGAAGGAAAUGUUUGAUUUCUACAAAAAAAUAUGCUUACGCCGUUGGCUUUUCGGUGCAAAAAAGGGGGAAGAUGGAGUUAUGAGAUAUGUGACAUUCACAUGUAAUCAUGAAGGUCGGAGAACUUAUGCUAUAGGCGAUUCCUUGAAACCGCAACCAACAUGUCAAACUGAUUGUAAAGUAAGAAUAUCUGCAUCUUUAGAUACUCUGGGAAUAUGGAGGAUUAACAAAGUGUACCUUGACCACAAUCACAAAACAAGCCCAUCAAAGUCUAGGCUGUACCGAUGCAACAGAAAAUUGAGUGCAAGUGUGAAACGAAAGCUUGAGGUGAAUGAUAUGGCAGGAAUUCCCUUGCAUAAGAGUUAUAAUUCUGCAGUUGUUGAGGCUGGUGGAUAUGAGAACACGACUUUUAUGGAGAAGGAUUGUCGGAACUACAUUGAACAGACUAAAGAAUUUUUUUGGGCAGACAAUAGAUGUAGGCAAUCUUGCAGGGAGUUCGGUGAUGUUGUCACUUUUGAUACUACCUACCUCACUAAUAAGUACGACAUGCCGUUUGCCCCUUUUGUUGGCGUAAAUCACUAUAGUCAAUCCACACUGCUUGGCUGUGGAUUGUUGUCGAACGAGGACACAGGGACGUUUGUGUGGUUGUUUAGAACUUGGCUUGAGUGUAUGCAUGGUCAAGCUCCUAAUGCCAUCAUUACUGAUCAGGACUGGGCAAUGCAAAAUGCCAUUCAGAUUACUCUUCCAAACACGAAGCAUAGAUGGUGCCUAUGGUACAUUAUGAAAAAGUUGCCUGAAAAGUUUGCAUACCACGUUGAAAAGAGCUCAACAUUUUUUGCUAUACAUGGUCUGGUAUAUGAUGCGGAGAAUGUACAAGAAUUCGAAAGAGGUUGGAGGUCGAUGCUCGAUGUGUAUGACUUGCAUGAUAAUGCUUGGCUAUCAGGAUUAUAUGAGAACAGAGGUCGGUGGGUGCCUUGUUUUUUGAAAACCACAUUUUGGGCAGGCAUGUCCACGACACAAUGA